CAAGAACUCUCGCAGAAUUUUCUCCGGUCUACACAGGCGCCGUGUCAGCUAGGUAUUACAUGCACACCAAGACAAAUGUGUAGCAGCCUUUUUCAUUCAAAGAGAACAAAUCAAUCAGUAGUAGACUAGUACUCACCGCAACUACGACCUCGGCUCCUUCUGAUACUGCCAGGCAUGCCAUUAUCUCCAUGACUUUCAGCCAAGGUGCGCGGUGCGCCUCAGCGCUGCGACCAAUCUCCACCCCGCCAAAAACUGUACCGAUUGAGUUGCUUUCUCUUGAAGGAAGCGCAGCAGGCCAGCAGGACUAAAUUUGGCAAGAAACCAUGCCGGCUCUUCUUCUGCUCUUGCUGUUGAGCUUGAGCAUGGGCGGAGAGCUGGUCCCGUGCUCAUCCGCCGGCGAGGGCCAGUUCGCCUUCCAGGGCUUCGCGGCGGCGAACCUUACGCUGGAUGGUCUCGCCGCCGUCAUGCCCAACGGCCUGCUCGCGCUCACCAACUUCACUCUCCAGACAAAAGGCCAUGCCUUCAACCCCACCCCUCUCCGCUUCCUCGACGUCAACGGGGCGACCAACUCCACUGCCGUGGCGCGCUCCUUCUCCACAUCCUUCGUGUUCGCCAUCGUCUCCAACUACGACGGCCUGAGCGACCAAGGGCUCGCCUUCGUGGUCGCCCCGACCACCAACUUCUCAACGGCGAUCGCCGGGCAGUAUCUGGGCCUCCUCGACGCCACGAACGGCGCCGCGAGCGACCACAUAUUGGCAGUCGAGCUCGACACCAUCAUGAACCCCGAGUUCCGCGACAUCAACAGCAACCACGUGGGCAUCAACGUCAACAGCCUCAUUUCGCGGAAGGCCAAGCCGGCCGGCUACUACGGCGAUGACGGUGCCACCUUUCGAGACCUGAUGUUGAACAGCCGCGAGCCGAUGCAGGUGUGGGUGGACUACGAUGGCCAGGCCAGGCAACUCAACGUGACACUGGCUCCUGCGCACGAGCCCAAACCCAGGUAUCCUCUCCUCUCUGAAGCCAUUGACCUCUCCUCUGUCCUCACGGAGACAAUGUAUGUUGGCUUCUCGUCGUCAUCCGGCGUGGUGUCAACGCACCACUAUGUGCUUGGAUGGAGCUUCAGCUUGGACGGGCCUGCCCCGCCUCUUGAUUUCUCUAAGCUUCCAGCACUGCCACGUGUGGGUUCGAAGCAUCGGUCCAUGGUCUUGGCUCUCGUGCUACCACUAGCAACCGUAUUGAUCAUCGCCGCGGUGCUAGCUGCCGCCUCCUUCUUUGUGUGGCGUCGGCGUCGAUUUGCUGAGGUGCGCGAAGAUUGGGAGGAUGAGUUCGGCCCACACCGGUUCGCAUAUAAAGAUCUAUUUCGUGCCACUGAUGCAUUCAAGAAUGGAAAUUUACUCGGUGCCGGAGGGUUUGGCAAAGUAUACAAAGGGGUACUUCCUGGAUCCAAUUUGGAAAUCGCGGUGAAGAGAGUAUCACAUGACUCAAGACAAGGUAUAAGAGAGUUCAUUGCUGAAGUGGUGACCAUUGGUCGUCUCCGCCACAGGAAUCUGGCACAGUUACAAGGCUAUUGCCGGCGCAAUGGUGAACUUCUCUUGGUGUAUGACUACAUGGAAAAUGGUAGCCUUGACAAGUACUUGUACAAUAACAAUGGGCCAACUUUGGAUUGGCCUCAAAGAUAUUGGAUCAUCAAAGGUGUUGCAUCAAGUUUACUGUAUCUUCAUGAGGAUUGGGAACAAGUCGUCAUCCACCGAGAUAUAAAGGCAAGCAAUGUGCUUUUAGAUAAGCAGAUGAAUGAAAGGCUCGGCGAUUUUGGCCUAGCAAGGUUGUACGAUCAUGGCACUGAUGCUCAAACAACACAUGUGGUUGGCACUAUGGGAUACCUCGCACCAGAACUUGUACGCACUGGGAAGGCAACACCUUCAACCGAUGUAUUUGCAUUUGGUGUGUUUCUCCUAGAGGUUGUCUGUGGACGCAGGCCCAUUGAAAGUGGUCAGCAUAACAAUAGGGUGGUGUUAGUCGACUGGGUGCUUGAACACCACCGCAAUGGCUCAAUCAUUGACACGGUGGAUCCACGCCUCAUGGGUAAAUUCAACACAGAUGAGGUCACUCUUGUGCUCAAACUAGGUUUGUUGUGCACGCACCCAUCGCCCAAUGUGAGGCCUCCUGUGCAAAAGGUCAUGCAAUACCUCGAUGGUGUCCAAUUAGUUCCUGAUUUACCAUCGACAUACAUGAGCUACAGCAUGUUGGUUCUCAUGGAGAAUGAAGGGUUUGAUUCAUACAUCAUGUCAUGCCCUCCGCCAGGGAUGACCAUCUGCAGUGUAUCUGACGUGUCGUCGGCAACGGUUCUUCUAGAUGGGAGAUGAAUUUUUUGCUUGUAAUCAACUAUUUUUUGCUUGUAAUCGUCGAUAGGUGGUCUACUGAUCUGGGUGUAAUUUUUAUUAUUUUUCGUGUUCGUUGUGCUACCAUUAUUGAAGAUGAAUAGAUCAGAAGUUUUCCCCACAAAAAAAUAUUUGUUCAUGCAUCUCUUCAAAAAUGUUCAUGUAUUUGUCAAGAAGAAAAGGAAAAUGGUGAGUACAAAAUAAUAUAAAAGUAAGUGAAAACAAAUAAAAAAACUUAAAUGUUGAAGACUCAUGAAAUGUAGACAAAAAGGAUGAAAAAUAAAAAUAG